UCAUUCAUUCUGCUAGUUCAACUGUGAGAGGGGCUGACAGCAUUAAAAGAGAGGAGAGGAGCAGGAAGUGGUGUCCAGAGCCACGAGAGAGCGAGGGUGAAUGAAGGCUGCGGAUUGGAGGAGAGUCAGGGAGGAGAGUUUGUUGGUCAGGAGGGAAACUCUUUGCCAUCUGCUAGAGAUUUGAGUCAAGUUAGAAAUCCUGUUUGAGAGUGUGAUUACAUAUGGACCGCUUAAGGGCUCUGGACGCUGUACUGAUGGAUACAGAAUCUUUAAACAGCAGCAAUUCCAUCAAAUGGAUGGAGGUGCACAGCGAUCAUGGAGGCUGCUGAGGGAAUCCACAUCGCUGGCAGCAGGCAAAAGCUGGACUUCGUUGGUGGUAAGAACGUUGGACAAAAAAGUAAAGGGGCAAAAAAACAACCUUUUACCCCCUUAGACAACAUGUGGAACCGGAGGGAGGAAUCGUCAAAGGUGGAUUUCAGGAGGCCGAUUUGUGACUCCUAUCCCAGCAGCAGCCCCAUGGUGGGAUCCAAACUCCCCAGGUCCAACGUAGGCAACAUCAAGGACAAGAUCUCCCUGUGGGAGAAUAAGGAAUCAACUCUUUCACACCUAAAUUCAGGUAGUUUGAGCAAGAGCGCCAGCUUAAAACCAGCCGACUCCUCCACAAAUGGCAACAACAGAACUGUAGAUAAUCAAAGCUCUGAGAUUAUCAGGACAGGACCCAGUAAGAAACAGGAUCUCGGGAAAGAAAAUAUAGCAAAUUACAGUAAUUCAGGGUCUUUUUCCCUAGAUGAACUCUCGAAACAACCUCAAAUGGCCAAUAAUGUCCCUAAGUCGAAUGAUAAUCAUGAAAAGAAUGACUCUAAGGCAUUAAUGGAUCACAAAGAAACCCCUCAAGAUGAUUUACGGCCAUGUUUACCACAUGGACCUGGGAAUCACCCUCAAGACCUAAAACAUAGCACUUUGUCCAGAAGCAACCUGGCAAAAAGUGACUGUAAGAGCACUGAAGGUCACAUGGAAACUCCAGGGGAUGAUUCAAGGCCUUGUUCUCCACAAGCGAAAGACAAGCAGCAGGUGGGGAGGCUAAUAAAAAGCAACGGAAAGAAAUCAUCAGAACAAACAAAUGAAGAGAAGAGAGCUGUAUUCACUCUUUUUAAAAAGCUAGAGACUUUGGAGGAGAACCAUAGGAAAGCCCCCGCAGAGCUAGGAAACUACUUCAGCCCACCGGGGAAGGAGAAAAAAGAGGAGGUGAAAAAGAAAGAACUUGAUGGAUCAGUGGUGAGUAGAGCUCUGGAUGCUAAAGAGGGAGAGGAGGACCAGGAGAAUGUGUACACAGAGCCAGGUACCCUGCCCAUCAAUCCGGUGCCCAAACCUAAGCGUACCUUCCAGCAUCCAGCUACUCCCUCCAUGGGCAGGAGUUUGAGGGAGGAGAGGGGGAGAAGGAACCUCCCUCCACUACCAUCUGUUUCCUCAAAGACAUCCUCAAAGCCUCCGUGUGGUUACCAUGGGAGACCCAGGGCUGAAAGACACCUUAAUAACAGGAUACGAUGUGACUUUGAAGACCGUACGAGGUCACCCAGCCCAGUUUUCACCUGGUCAAUCUCUCAGGAACAUCACUAUGAAGACAUCUUGGACUCGUCAAAUGAGAAUCCAUACGAAGACAUCGAGUUGGAGAGUCAAUGUUCGCAGCAAUCUAUACCCUCGUCUCCUGGUGCCGACUCGACAAAGGCAUCUAGGCCUGGAUUUUUCAGACAGAAUUCGGGCAGAAGCUUCAAGCUACUGGAUCUGAGGAGAACCAACCAGGCGGCUCACAGCGUCAGCAGUGGAGGUGUUUCAUCUCCGCCCCAACUCAGCCCUCCUUCCACCCCAACAGGGACUGAACACAGUUCCUGGAUCCCUGGGGAUCCCUACAGCAACACCUGCCGCAGGAUACCGACGGUUGUCCUAAGGAUCAAUGGUAUAUUUGAGGGUCGGACCAGAAAAAAACAUCUACGCAGGAUGUAUCAUUAUGCCGAAGCGAUUUCUGGAAGAGUAACUGAUGAGAACAGUGACUCUGAGAGUGAAGUUGAAGACAGAUUAAAAGUUCGGUCUUUUCUGAGACAGCCAAGAAAGAUGGAAGUCCACCACGAUGAGUCCAACACCAGAAGCUACUUGCUACAUCAAGAUCGCCACCAACGCAAGCUUUUUGAGUACUUUCUUGUUGUUUCACUGCACAAGUCGAAGGCUGGUGACCACUAUCUGCCAGAAGUCACACAGCAAUUCCCUCUGAAGUUGGAACGUAGCUUCAAGUUUAUGAGGGAGACAGAGGAUCAGCUGAAGAUUAUUCCUCAGUUCUGUUUCCCCGACGCCAAAGACUGGCAGCCUGUGGAGAUAUACCCAAGUGAGAUGUUCUCCUUUGUCCUGACGGGAGAGGAUGGCACCAGGAGGUUUGGAUACUGUCGACGUUUACUGCCUAGUGGAAAAGGCCAGCGCCUGCCAGAGGUUUACUGUAUCGUUAGUCACCUUGGCUGUUUCAAUCUGUUCUCCAAGGUGCUGGAUGAGGUGGAGAGGCGGCGAGCUCUCUCCCCUGCACUGGUGCAGCCAUUUAUGAGAGCCAUCAUGGAAGCUCAGUUUCCAGCUCCAGGCAGAACCAUCAACAUCAAAACCUUCCUCCCUGGUUCUGGAACGGAGGUGAUGGAGCUCUGCAGGCCGUCCGACUCCCGUCUGGAACACGUGGACUUUGAAUGUCUCUUCUCCUGUCUGAGUCUGCGGCUGCUCCUCCGGGUGUUCGGUUCUCUGUUGCUGGAAAGAAGAGUGAUCUUCACUGCUGACAAACUCAGUACCCUCUCCCAGUGCUGCCAUGCAGUCGUUGCACUGCUUUACCCCUUUGUCUGGCAGCACACCUACAUCCCCGUGCUCCCCUCAGCCAUGCUCGAUAUCGUCUGCACACCAACGCCAUUCAUCGUCGGCCUUCUGUCCAGCUCUCUAACCCACCUCAACGAGCUUCCCUUGGAAGAGGUUCUUGUUGUGGACCUUGGUAACAACCGUUUCCUCAGAAAGAUGGAUGAUGAGGACUCCAUCCUGCCUUCUAAACUUCAGUCGGCGCUAGAGAACGUCCUGGAAAGAAGAAGAGAACUUGCUAAUGACAGAGGAGCAGAUUCAAUGAGUGAUACCAGUCACCUUAGCACCGUUGUGUCAGAGGCCUUCGUCCGCUUCUUUGUUGAGCUAGUUGGACACUAUCCGCUCUUCAUCACUGCUGAACGUGAAGACGGCUAUUCCUCCUCCUCCUCCUCCUCUCCUGCUCCCUGCUCAUUCCAUCGUGAGGGGUUCCGGAAAGCGAUCCCGUCCAAGACUGUGCGUCGUUUCUUGGAGGCGUUCAUGGAGACCCAGAUGUUUGGCUGGUUUAUCCAGGAGAGAGAGCUCCAUCGGCAGGCUCUGAGAGGGCUCUUUGAGGUCAGAGUGCAGGAGUAUCUUGACUCCAUCAAUGACAAUGAACACCGAAGGGUCAACAGGUUUCUUAAAGGUUUGGGAAACAGAAUGAAAUUCCUUUCUAAGAAAUAAUGCAAAGCGACAUGAAGAAGCAAGAAAAUCCUGACCGCCUCCCUCAAACAGAAAUAUAAUCUGAAGACUUUUUCUUGGAAUUUAUCCUCCUUCUUAAGGAUUGUUGGCCAAGAAGCAGUGGUUUGGCUUCAAAAGUGACACGCUGAGAGAUGUUUUGAGUGAAAAAUUGGUCAGUCGUUCCAAAGAACCACUCCUUUAAGACACCUGGAACUGGAAUAUUUCAGGUCUUGAAUGGGGAGGAGUACAUAGAUGGUACUUUCCGUUUGGGAUUGUGUUUUAUUCUGAUGCCAAGUUUAUUUUCAAGUAGGCCAGAAAGUUUAAACUAAGUAGUUCUAUGUUACAGCCACAAGUUUUUCUGCUGGAUAUUGUUUUAAAUGUUCCUAAUCACAGUUUUCUGUUUCCAGUAGAGGGCAGUAUUGAAGAAGAAAAACAGGUUUUCUUUUCACCAUGCAAUUUUUCCACCUUUUUUGGGGGGAAAUUCAUAUUGAUUAAACUACUUUGAAUUAAAAAAUGAAUGGAGUGAUUCAUUCCAUGCAUAUGAAACUUUCUCUUUACAUUUGUGUCCCAUUGUCGGCGGUAA